GCUCUCGGCGAUCGGUGUUCGCGCCCCGUGCACCUCGGCCCGAGACUUUGAAUAAUAAGCGACUCGCACUUUCUCUCUCUCUCACUCGGCAACAACAAUAAAACGAUCGACCUCACCCACCGUGGGAAUCGACGUCGCCUUUCGAUUCGGACACACGACUCGCCGUCGGCCUCUCAACAAACACACUCAAGAGGAAUCGUCCGUCCUUCUUCUUCUUCAAGGAGUGCGUGCAUCUUCGAAUUGUCCCGCUGCAGGAGAAUUAUGCAAGCCGAGAGGGACGUGCUGGCCUAGAAAUCAGAGCGAACUCUACCAUUUGGCGUGAUUAGAGUUUAUUUUAUUGGUUCAGUUAGAAAGCAACGGCCUGGCGAGAUCAGCGUGCGCUCUCGGUGCAGCGCCUUUUGUGUUGUGUCAGUGUGUGCUGCGCGAAUGAUUGGUUCGGUGCGAGAUCGUUCUGCGGUUAUCUGCCACUUUUGAUGGUGCGAAAAUAAUGCUCAAGUGGGUGCAAUUACUCAACCAGCACCACCAGCACCACGAGCAGCAGGAUGUGAAGCAGAUUAAGAUAUCGGGCUCUGAUCCUCGCAUCGCAACAUGCAGGGGCAAACUGCAAAACAAACGGUCCAAGUUGAACCAGGAGAUCAACAAGGAGCUGAGACUGAGGGCAGGAGCCGAAAACCUCUACAAAGCGACGACGAACAAGAAGCUGAGGGAAACCGUGGCUCUCGAGCUCAGCUUCGUCAACUCGAACCUGCAACUCCUGAAGGAACAACUGGCCGAGCUUAACAGCUCCGUCGAGGUGUACCAAAAAGACAGUUCCGAGCCAACGAUGCCAAUGAUCCCGUUGGGCCUGAAAGAGACGAAAGAGAUCGACUUCAGGGACCCGUUCAAGGACUUCAUCCUGGAGCAUUAUAGCGAAGAUAGCUCUUUGUACGACGACGCCAUAACCGAGUUCAUGGACAUAAGACAGGCUAUGAGAACUCCGCUGAGAGACAAUUCGGGAGUGUCCCUGCUCUUUGACUAUUACAAUCAACUUUACUUCGUGGAAAGACGUUUUUUCCCACCGGACCGCAGUCUCGGCAUCUACUUUGAAUGGUAUGACUCGUUGACCGGAGUGCCGAGCUGUCAGCGGACGGUGGCUUUUGAGAAGGCGUGCGUUUUGUUCAACAUUGGCGCCGUCUACACGCAGAUUGGGACGCGACAGGAUCGGAAGAGUAGCCGAGGUCUGGACAGUGCAGUGGACGCCUUUCUCAGGGCGGCCGGCACAUUCCAGUACAUCCACGAGAGCUUCACCAACGCGCCUAGCAUGGACCUCAGUCCGGACAUGCUCGACAUGCUGGUCCAGUUGAUGCUGGCACAAGCAAGAGAGUGCUUGUUUGAGAAACUGGAGCUCCAAAGCCAAGACCUUCGAGAUGUAGAUGUGUGUCUAGAUUUGGGGCAAGAAGCAGCGCAGGUGGCUGAUGCGUACAGCAAAGUUUUCACUUUGAUUUCGGUGCCAAGUGUGAAGGACUAUGUGGCGACGUCAUGGGUGUCCCUAACAACAGUGAAGCAGGAGCACUACCGGGCGUUGUCGCACUACCACGUGGCCUGCGGCCUGCUGAGUCUGCUCAAGAAGCAAAGCAGCCCAAAGAAACACCCAGCGCCGAAACCGCCUACGGCAAAACAGAUUUCCGCCGUUGACGUCAACGAAAACAACAACGGCAGUCUCAGUCUGCCCAACAGGACCAGGGACACCCUGCAGUACAUACACGCACCGCACCAUGAGAAUGACAAACUGCAACUCGAAAUCAGGGUGCCCAGUGACGAGGCCGAAUGCAGAUUGCUAGGUCGAGUUCACCUGAGGGAGGCUGUGUUGCGGCAUGAAGAAAGUCAGCGCCUGUAUAGAAUGUGUCGAGAAUUGAGAGGCAAGGACGCUUUGCUGGCUGAAUUGCGACGAGCCCACCGACGUGCCAACGAAACUUACAAAACUUUGGAAGAGGAUGAUGAUUUCAGAGAUAUGCUUGACCCACCGCUUAUUGUUGCGUCGACAAAGUUCCAGCUCAGUCUCACGCCUCCUGACUUUGCUCAGUACAGGGUGCAGGACUUGUUCAAGUCCCUGGGUCCUGUGGCGAUAUUUUCUGCAAAGCAUCACUGGACGGUGCCCCGGACCAUCCAGCUCGUGUUGCAGCCUCUAGAAAAAGGCGACGGUUUUGGCUUCAUGGUGCGCGGUGACGCACCUGUGGUCGUUGCAGGCGUUGACGGAGGCAGUCUUGCAGAGGCUGCGGGAAUGAAACAAGGAGACUUCAUAGUGGCCAUUGGAGAUGAGGACGUGAAAUGGUCCAUGCACGACCAUGUUGUACAGAAAAUCAAGGAGGCCAAAAAAGCAGGAAGCUCCCUGUGCUUGAAACUGGUCACUCCAAUGGACAGAAAUUAUUUGAAGCCAAGGACGAGUGUUACAAGCAAUAAGGGAUCUUUUUCACCAACGUCCACAACGUCGAGUAGUUCCAGUGGUGUCUCUUCAGGCAGUCACAGCCCCCAAGGCAGCGUGACCAGCAGCAGAAUGGCAAAAUCCACGAGUCAUCAGAAGAAGCUGACAUGGAACCCUUUCCGAAACAAAACCAAAGCAGAUGAGCCCCACGGCUAUGAUGGCAAUGUGAUUCUGCGAUAGAAAAUUUUUCAGACUAGAAAUAUAAAAAUUGCUCAGUCAGGAGGAAGGUCAAGUCGCUGAAUCACUAUAUCGAAAAUCAAUAUAUCAUUUAUUAAAGCCAUGAAGUUACCUCGUCGUCAUUUUUAUAAACUUUGAUGUGCAAUAUAAUAUGUAUUAUUAAUUAUUUUAAUGUCGUGCGUUUUGGAUUUGCACAGAGAGUGGUCAAUCGACAACAGAAAUUGCAAAAAGUACCCUGAUGUCCCUUGACCGUUUUCUGUCUACAAGGAGGUGUCACUUUUUCCAUAAAAGUGGCACUCUCCGACUCAUCGUAGUUUUCAAAUCAUUCAUUUAAGAUUUUACAAACUCUUGGCAAUUAUUUGUGAAUUAAAAAAAAAAUACAAAUACAAAUUACUGCCAAGCGUUUGUGAAUCAAAAGAAACCCACGACAACUUUUAUAUACUGUAGAAUAAUUGUAAUAUUUUGACAAAAUGUGCCACAUAUCGCUGUAGGUUUGAGUUCUCUGCGUAUAUAAAUGUAUAAAAACUUGAUAAUAAUUUGCAUGGAGCUCCCUGUGUAAGCAUUGAACUUUGGAAAUAUUAUUCUUGUCAAAUAAAAUGAGCAUACUA